AUGUUAGCUGCUAGCACGAAAGUGCUAGCCCUAUUCUGGCAGAGGCACUUUGGUGCAGUUGUAGAAGGUCGAGUAACGUGGGGAGGUUUCAGAAGAGCUGAUUUUUACCACAUUCUUCAGGUGUUAGCUACUCCGUUGAAGAAAAGAAACUCCGGCUCGAAUUCUAAGUCUAGGAAUCCUAGCGGAGAAAAAGCUGAUCAGAACCUGGAUUGUCUGUCUGCAGGCGAGGUAUGGGUCACCUCGGAAGUUCGAACGGAUUUCAAUCGUGAGAUGUGGUGGGUGGCGACUGAAAACUCGAUCCUGAUGUAUUGUCCACUCAGACAUUGUCGAGAGCUGCGUUAUUUCAAUUUUGCUGUUAUGAGUGGUUUGGACAAGCCGGCUCUGCGAAGGCUGCACUCAACUUGGGAGAGAGUUUCUGGGUAA